GUCAUUUCACUGUGACCGCUGAGAGGAGCCCCAUAGCGCACCGUGCGCCGAUGAAAUGACUGAGAUGUUGUGACAGCGGGUGAAGUCAGACCAGGUUCUCUCGGCUCUCUCUUUCCAAUGCUGCCAGGAUCCGGGGUCUAAGCUCAUCGCUUUGCGCAGCUCUUGCUUCAGCUCUGCGGCGCAGCGGUGCACCCUCUCUGGACUUUGCAUCUAAUGCCAAUGAGACGCAGCGUGAGUGGCUUUUCUCGCGUCGGGAAUAUUGGUUCUGGUAUUGGUUCUGGAUACUCGGUUUGCUGUGACUGAACACUUUCGGAAGUAAAAAGAGAGUGUGAUGAGCCUGGCGAGUGCACCAGGGCCAGUGGCCGGAUUCCAGGGUGGGGCACGCCAGCGAGACUUUAUGAUGGAGCAGAAAGUCAGCAAGCUAACCUCCGGCUUCCAACGCAGCUCCACCUCCGAUGAUGACUCGGGCUGUGCCUUGGAGGAAUAUGCCUGGGUACCACCUGGGCUUAGACCCGAACAGGUGCAGUUGUAUUUUUCCUGUCUGCCUGAGGAUAAGAUCCCUUACGUCAACAGUCCAGGAGAGAAGUUCAGAAUCAAGCAGCUCCUCUAUCAACUGCCACCACAUGAUAAUGAGGUUCUUUACUGCCAGUCCCUCAGUGAGGAGGAGAAGAAGGAGCUACAUAUGUUCAGCGUGCAGAGGAAGAAGGAAGCACUGGGAAGGGGCACAUUAAAACUCCUUCCCCGCAAUCUUUUGAACAGCAUUUGUGAACAUUGUGGUGAAAACAUGAACAGUGGGGAAAUGGCAGUGUUUGCCUCAAGGGCGAGCCAGGGACUGUGCUGGCACCCGGCAUGCUUUGCUUGCUCAACAUGCAGUGAACUGCUGGUGGAUUUGAUCUACUUCUACCAUGAUGGAAAGAUCCACUGUGGACGGCACCACGCUGAGCUACUCAAACCACGCUGCUCUGCUUGCGAUGAGAUCAUCUUUGCUGAUGAGUGCACAGAGGCAGAGGGGCGCCACUGGCACAUGAAGCACUUCUCCUGUUUUGAAUGUGAGACAAUUCUGGGAGGUCAGCGUUACAUCAUGAAGGAUGGCAGACCAUACUGUUGUGGCUGCUUUGAGUCUCUCUAUGCAGAGUACUGUGAGGCCUGUGGAGAGCACAUUGGUGUUGAUCAUGCUCAGAUGACCUAUGAUGGACUUCACUGGCAUGCCACUGAGACCUGCUUCAGUUGUGCCCAGUGUAAGAGCUCUCUACUAGGUUGCCCCUUCUUGCCGCACAAGGGUCGUAUUUACUGCUCCAAGGCCUGCAGUCUCGGGGAAGAUGUGCAUGCCUCCGACUCCUCCGACUCUGCCUUCCAGUCAGCCCGCUCACGUGAAUCACGGCGCAGUGUGCGCAUGGGAAAGAGUAGCCGCUCUGCUGACCAAUGCCGACAGUCGCUCCUCUUCUCUCCUUCUGUCAACUAUAAGUUUCCUGGCUUAAGUGGAAAUGCUGAUGACACCCUGACCAACAAGCUUACCCACAUGAACCUUUCAGAUGAGCAUUUCUGGAGAGGGCGUGGAGAAGAGACUGAGGCACCUGAGGACCAGGAGGAGGAGUGGGCUGAGCAUGAGGACUACAUGACUCAGUUGCUAUUAAAGUUUGGGGAGCAUGGGGUGUUCCAGCAAGCCAAUGACUCUAGACCCACAGAUUUCUGGGCUGCCGAAAAGGAUACCAAGUCAAAGCAGGAGUCCUCAAAAACCGGGAAUUGUGGUGGAGGAGAAAGAGGGAGUCUGGCAAGUAAGAAAUAUCAGGCUGACAUGUACUGGGCGCAGUCACAAGAUGGGUUAGGGGACUCUGCCUAUGGUAGCCAUCCAGGCCCGGCGAGCAGCAGAAAACUCCAGGAGUUAGAGCUGGAUCAUGGGGCUGGAGGUGGUUUCCAGGGCGAGGAGCCACAAUGGUACACAGACUCUUUGGAGUGCAUCACAGAUGAAUUCAAAAAGCCAGAUCAGAAUGUCCGAGACUCCAUGGACUCACUCGCUCUCUCCAAUAUUACUGGGGCCUCAGUAGAUGGUGAUAGUAAAGAUCGAUCAUUGGUAUAUUCCUUGCAAGGCUUCCAUGAACUAGAAACAGAAGACUGUGAGAAAACCAGUAACAUGGGAACCCUCAACUCUUCUAUGUUACACAGAAGUGCUAAUUCCCUCAAGAGUCUUGCAUCUGAGCAGGAAGAGGUGGAGGAAAAUGUUCCAGAAGAAGAAGAAGCGCCCCUUGAAGAGAGACCAAAACCACACGUUCCUGCCCUAAGGAGAGCACGUUCACAGUCUAGGCCCCAGCAAGUUAAAUUCUCUGAUGACGUGGUAGACAAUGGCCAUUACAGUGAUCUCCCAGUGCGCCAACCCCCUAUGAGUGAAAGGACUCGCCGGAGAGUGUACCACUUUGAGGAACAGGGUCAGGAACUUAACUCAGGUCGCCAUCAUCACCACCACAGAAGGCGUCGCAGUCGCAAGUCUCGCUCUGACAAUGCUCUUAAUCUUCUGCCCAAGGAGAGAGCCCAAAUGUGCUACAAGGUGGACCAUAGAGGAAACGGUCUCGGCCCCAAGGGGCACCAAGCCUUCAAUGGUCGCCCUAAUCCUGCUGCCAUGUCAGACUAUGGGCUACAGGGCCCAGCGAUGGGAAGGUUUUUGGGGCUGUAUGGUGAUGACGAUGACUGGUGUUCCACAUGCUCUUCCUCCUCCUCCGAUUCUGAGGAGGAGGGCUUUUUCUUGGGUCAGCCUAUUCCUCAACCCAGGCCCCAUAGACACUAUUACACAGAUGACUUACUCAGCCCUGUAGCAGGCAUGUCUUCUCCUCCUUAUGGCCAGUGGACUAAGUCCAAAAAGAAAAAAGGCCACAAGGGCAAAAACUGUAUAAUUUCAUAGACUUUUAGUACUGUCCUGUACUUUGGGUAAUAUUCUGCCACUCACCCCUGCCUCUUAUGUUCACUGUUAAAUACAAUAACAGUCUGCUUUCUACUAAAUGCUUCACAGCACUCGAUUUACUAAGUUGAUUGGAGAAACAAGUCAAUAUUCUAAUUAUCCAUAGGAGUACGCUUCUGUAGCAUUACAAACUGAUGGUAAAGUAUUUCGGAGCAUAUUUAUAACGCACAUUCUAAAACUGUGUUUAUUUAACAGUCCAGACGUUACUGUAUAUAUUGUAGAAUUAAAAAAACAAAAUGGCUAUUUUUGUACCCUUGUCAUGCUUUGUACCAAAAUGGCAUUAACAGUAAAAUAUUGGGAGCUGGUACAGACCCAUUUUAUGAGGGUGUCAGAAACUUAAUGACAAGUCGACUGUUACCCAAGCUCUUCAGUUGUUUUCUUCCAGGCUUGUGCAGCGCAAACAUAAAAGCACUGUGUGUAUUAAAUUGCUUGGUUGAGCAAUGUAUUUAUGGGUCAUUUAUGUGUAUUUUAAGGAAAUCCAUGUAAUCUGUAUAAAUGUACAAACUGGAAUAUAAGGCUAAGAUAGUUAUUUGUAAUAAAAAAAAUAUCUAUGUACU